CUGGUGCGUCCUGUUGAUGCUUACACAGUCGAAUGGUCGAGCGUCAUUCAGUAUUAGUCGGGUUUCUCGUGAACGCGGUGCUUUUCGCUCCUCUCCUUUUUUCACUUUUUCGCGACUAAUAGCACCGCAAACAUUUUUGUGUCACUGGAAUAAAUUUUUCGCACGAGUCCAUUGUAUCUAGUCUGAUCUAGUCGCGCUAUAACCGGCUUUAUUAAAUCGCCCCGCGAUAAUAAUUAUUUUCUCGCGCGCGCGUACGAUAUUGCACGAUAUACCCGAGCUUCACGUGUCGUGAAGAUGUCUCGUCGCUCGAAAACCAGUAGACAAUCCACAAAAGUGUAGAACGUCGAAGAAACAUCGCUUUUUUCACUCGACUGUGAAUCAUGAUACACGAUUGGGCGUCAACUAUAACCGGAAGCGGAGAAGAGAACAAAUUUGGCGGAGAAGCGAGCAAGGCGAACGAGUUGGAGUACUUGGUGAAACGAAAGGCGAAACGACAUCUCCCGUACGUUGUAUCGCGCGGGGGCGGUAUAUCGUCACGAGUUAUUUUGUAUAACUAACGGAAAAACGUAGGACGGCCGAAUCUAUCCGUUGUUUGCGAUUACUCUCGCAAUCGUGUAGGCCGCUUGCGUUAAACGAGAGGACAAGGAUUCGACGGGAAGAAGAUAGUCCUCGGAGUAAUGUGUGAUAGCAUCUCUUUUUCUUUCAUUGUUUUAAGCAAAAUUUAGAGGUCAAAAAGUUUACAGAAGCAUAUACGUAUUGAACGAAAUAGAAGUGGAUGAAAAAGUUUCAGAGGGACGCGUCUACCUUGACUCAAAUUUUUUUCGCGAGAAACAAGACAACCUUCUCUUCCAUUCGCUCCUGUUUAAGAUCUCCGGUCAAGGUUUCGAGGAAAAAAUCAGCCACGUGUAUUCAUUCGCAAAAUCAGCUCGUGCAAAGCUGUUCGCUCGUUAACACGUGCGGCAAAUUUUCCGCGAGAUUUUACGCAUCUUUAGAAGAUUGGAAAUACAGCUCGAGUGGACCUGUGAUCUAUGAUCGUUCAUCUGCAUACGAUAUGCGUCUUCGAUAUCGAUCCCGCUCACAAGUUAUUGGAAUUGGAGUGAUCUCGGUAUAUAUAUUCGAUUAUACAGAUUGAUAUCGAACGACGAAUAGUACCAUAUAUUGAGAAAAAAAGGAAAAAUGGACUCCUGCUUCCCGCAUUUGACGAUAUUAAAUCCGCGUAAUACGAAUAAAUCGAGAGACGAGGGAUGCAACGUCAUAAGUGCCGAAGAUACCCGCAUGCAAUCGAGGACUCCGACCCUCCAGGGAAAGAAUGACGUCUUCCAAGAUUUGGAUCUGUAUUACGUUCGACAAAUUGCACGAAAUUCGAAGGAGCAUGAUCUCGAGCAGAAGAUCGAGGUGGAAAUCAAAAUGAGAGAGGGCUCGGCGAGACUUUUGGCGGCCGCAAAGCAUCGUGCCCAGAGCUUGGAAGCCGCCAAAGCGUUGCUUACAUCGAACGAGAGAAUGUCGGUUUACAUGGCGGAAUUGCAAAGUCGUCGUCGUGAAUCUAUUAAAAAGCCGUGUAAUCCUGGAACUACGGGCAAGCUAUCGAUUUCGGAUCUUAGAAUACCUUUAAUGUGGAGAGAUUCCGAUCACUUCAAGAAUCGCGGAGAUCAUCGUCGAUUUGCUGUAUUUUGCUUAGCGCGAUUAGGCACGGAAAUCCACGAUACAUCCUUAUUGUGUCCUAUUGACAGGGCCCAUACGGAUAUCAGUUUUCCCGAUAUUCUAAUAUUUAACAACGUGCCUGCCGAAUUUGAAUUAGUCUUAGAAAUCUAUAGUCACAUUUUGCAAGAGGAUUUAAGUAUCGCUAGCACGCCAAGAAGAAUCAAAAAGACGAUUCACUCGUCGAUCUCGAAAACUGUUGGCAAAAAACUCGCCGCCUCCCUUCGUGACGAAUUCAGUUCCGCCAAAUCUGGGCCACACUUUGACUUAGUAGCUCGUGCAAAAUUGACUCUAGAUGACACGGACGAUAACAUUCACACGCAUGACCUAAUUAUUAAUAAUAUCGAACAUAAAUAUCACUCUUUGCCACUUUUCGGUCACUUUUGUUGUCGAUUGGCAGCACAACCAGACUGUAUCAGCAAGGAAAUGGGCAUCAGCAAUGUAAAAAUAGAUGAUCAAGAUUAUUGGACACGCUUGCAAGGUUUUUAUAUAAAAAUGUGGGAAUCGAAAAAACAUGCAGAAGAAGGUCAAAAUCCAGAGCAUGUCAUACCAAUUAAUAAAAGAACAUCCAUUCGAUUAUCUAAGUCCGCUAAAGAACUUUUGAUAAAUAAUUCUGGCAAUAGCAUCAACAAACUAUUGUCCAUUAAAUUUGAAUCAAAGGAAGAUGCUAAAAAAUGGUUGACACUUUUAUCGGCCCAUAUUAAUGACCAUUUGAGAUGGAAACAUGCUGCGGAAGUUGUUCAAAGGGUGUCUAGCAUUGAAAGUACAAGAAAUUCUUUUAUCAGCAAUAAAAGACAGGGCUCUUUAUACGAUGAGACACCUUUAAUUGAAUCAAUACCAUCGGAUUAUACAUCCGCAAGAUCUACUGUACAAACAAUUUUUGAUCUCACACCUAGUACUAGUCUAAGCAGUUGUAGUUCCACAAAUAGUCUAACAAGCCUGCGUUCCCGUUCACUGAGUAUCAGUGGUGCGUUUAAACAAAGUGCCAUUACAUUAAAAUCUCAUUUAACUUCUUCUAAUAAGAAUGUGUAAUGAUUUUACGCGCGCGUGCAUUCUUUCCGAAGAACCAACAUGUCCGACAAGUACAGAAUUAUUGCAUAGAGAUGAAUAUGCUAGAGUUUUUCAAUUUUCUAUAUAUCAGACUUUUUUACAAUCUGGUAUUGAUACAUCUGAUAUAUUAAAGGAAUUGAUAUAUUUAAAUAUUUUAUGAUUUUGAAUCUAAAUGGAAGAUAAAUAUAUAUAUUGUUUAUUUAGAUGACAUCUUUCUCAAUUUAAAAUACGUAUAUAGGAAUAUAAGAAAAAUUUGGCUGAAAACAAUAUGUUAGUAAUACAUAUCAUUUAAUAAUUCGAUAUGUAUAAAAAAACUUGUUGGAUAUAGAAGAGUACAAAAGAUUUUGAUUUCAAAUGGUUUCUCACUUUUCUCUUUUCUACUUUUAUAAUACAAAGCUUUAUUAUUAAAGAAAGUAUAACAGCAGCCUUAUCAUAAUGCUUUUAUAAAUUUAUUAAAAAAAUAAGAGCAUUGCAAUAUUUAGUAUGGCUGUAAUAAAUAUACACAUAUAUCUAUAUGUGUGAUAUAUAGAAUUUAUAAUAUAAUACUGAUAAUAAUAAUAAUAUA